AUGGCUACUGGUGUGCUCUGCUUCGCAGCCCCAGCAGUCGUCGGUGCUUCGCCUAGCCCGAUGUGGCUGUCGUAUCUGCUCGGCGUGAUCUGCUUCGUAGGAGUUCUGGUGCAGCCCAUUGGGUUCUUCGGAGUGUUCAGGGAGAAGACCACGACGUUCAAGUGGUACAUCACGCUGAACGCUGUUGCGACGUACGUUGCUCUCGCUGUGGCGGCCGUGAUUGUGAUCAUCUCUGGUGUGAAGCACAACACGGCUGUGGCAAACUGCAAGAGCACGUACUAUGCGCCUCCGGACGAGAUCAGGACGAUGAGCGGACCGCUCGAGAUCCUCAGCGACCAGAGCGACCCGAUCUGCAUGGGCUUCUGCUGGGCGGACCUGGGCAUGAUGGCGGGCCUGUGGGCGAUCUGCUUCGUGAUGCAGUCGUACUACGUCUGGGCGUCGAGCAAGUACUCGCGCUCCCAGGUCUCGGACCACAAGCUGUACCACUCCGUGUACAGCGAGAACCCCGAGGCGUUCACCAUGUCCAUCCUCCAGUCGCGCAGGUACAACCCCGACUCGGUCUACUUCCAGAACCCCUCCACUCCCGGCGGGCUGCACCCCAACGACGCCUGGGACCACCGCCCCUCCUACGACGCCACGCCGGCCGGCACCCCACCCCACCCCAACCAGCAAGGAGGUCAGUACCAUGACCAGCCUUACGAGGGGUACUCUGACCAACACCCCAAUCAGUUUAACGACCGCUACACAGACGACAUCACCCCCGGACCGCCGCAGCAGUAUGCGUUCACGCAGCCGCACGCGGGCUACGUUGAUCACUCGAAUCGCGUUUAG